GAGAAAGAGCCCCAUUGUUCGCUCCGCAAUCGGCGUCCCGGAAGAAACAAUGGCGCUGCUCGAGGGUCGACCGGCGAUGCGCCUCGUGGUCGCAGCGACGCUGCGGCUGCUGCUGCUGUCUUCGACGCGCGGCCAAGCGCUGGCGCCCAGAAUCCGAGCGUUCUCCUUCCAAGAGGACCUGUCCAUCGGCGACUCGACCGCAAUCACGUGCGCCCUGAGACGAGGCAGCCGCGGCCCGCACGCCAUCUCGUGGCGGAAGGACGCGUCGCGACCGCUGUUCGAAGGAAGCGGCCGCGUAAGCGUUCACAGACAGGCGGACGAGCUGUCCGUGCUCACAAUCAGGGACAUCGGCUACGAGGACGCCGGGAAUUACACGUGCGUCGCCUCCAACGAUCAUGGCUGGGACCACCACACGACAGAGCUGCUCGCAUCAGGUCAGCGCUGGCAUGGACUAUAGUACUGACCCUUUUCACGGCGGUCGCGUGGCGGCUGCCAUGUUUGAUCACGUGGU